GUCGGUAUCAUAACCUCAACAACGUGAAUCGUCCUGCAUCUUCACAUUAAUUGCAAUGGCUCAACCAAACAAAUUUGAUCGCGAAGCGAUCUUAACAAACACUUCUCUUCCGGAGGUUUACAACAAGCUGGUCGAAUUGGCCGAAGAGUUCUCUGUACUUGGUGAAGUCAAUACCGCCAAAGGCUUAGUAUCACUGCUCCUCCAGGAUACUACCUCGGAUUGGCAACGCAAUCAGCUUCACCAUUUUGAGCCAUACUUCGCGGCUGCCAACAUCUGGCCUGACGAAAUCCCGGAGAAGGACAGGAGUGAAGCAGCAUCUGAUGAGACUGCGACCAAGCAUGCCCUUGACACUGACGAGGGCGAGGAACAAGAUGACGAAGGAAAUUUCCAAGAGCAGAUAAAUAAGGCCUAUGAAUUUGGCGUGGACGCUUCAAUCUUUGCUGGUGCUCUAUAUAAUGCCUUCAGGUUGGCCUCAAGGCAGACCUCCGACCUGGAAGAAGUCCAGAACGACUCCAGAGUUCAAGAAGUUCUUAAACUCCUCGCCCAGAACUUAUACAAAGAAGGGAUCAUUUCGCGCCUUGCUGGACGACAUGAGCUCAGUGGACUUCUCGCUACAGGUGUAUUGGCUCGAAAGAUCCCAGUUGACAAGAAGAAGAUUGAGGCCCUUGGCAAAGACGUGCUUGAGACAUUCGCUGAGCGUUUUACCAACGGUCGAAAACCACUGGAGAUAGAGUCAAAACCUAUGAAAGACGUGCUCUUGGAGCUGGAACGGAACACGAAGCCCAAGUCCGUCGGCUUCUGGGAAGAGAUGGAGCAAGAGCCUCCGGCAACACUUUUCAAUCUGCCACCAGCUACAGACGAGCAGAUCUCAUCGCUUGAGGAGAGGCUCAAAGUUACACUACCAGAUGACUACAAGGAGUUUCUGAAGAUUACCAAUGGUUUUGGAGGCACAUGGAACGGCUUUCAUCUUGAUCCUCUUCUCCAUGACGUCGACGACGUCCAGUGGUCUGAACCAUUAUUUGAAGUCCCUUUUGUCCAAUUCCACGAGAAUAUCAGCGGAGUGCUUGAGCUGGAUCUACCAAAGAGGGAAGACUGGCCAUAUUCCGGCCCAACCAUUGAAAUCGGUCGCGAAGAUGUUCUCGGCACUCUUUUAAUCACGCCCGAUUGCACAAAGGCAGUUUUGGAGGCAUAUGACACAGCAUUCAAAGGGUCGGAUACUUCGGAAGACAACAAGAAACAGAACAUGAAGGUCAUUGAAGCACGAUACGGAAGCUAUGAAGAGAUGAAGAAGUUGGAAUGGGCUACAGUUGAGUUUCAUGAUUCGGAGGACAUUCCAUGCGGGACGUUUCGGCAGUUUCUUGAGAACAGAUUGCGCAGAACAACUACUGUGGGGUACCCGGAUGAAAACUCAAAGGAGUCUGGAAGUCUGGCUUAUAGCUGCUUGGCUGAUAAUUCUUAAGCGACAAGGAAGAUAUCAACAUCCAUGCCAGGCAACAGGGUUACAAAGAUUUGUCACGACACGUGUCAGUUACGGAGGCUCAUAAGUAAC